AUGUCGAUUUUCAUAGUAGCUGUCUCCGUUGUCUAUGUGCCAAUUGGAGUCUUCAUCACUUUUUUCGUGGAAUUGAAAACCCUUUCACCAAGUGAAGCUUUGUCCGUGCUGCAGGUCGCACUCAAUGCCAUGGGAUUUCCUUUGAAGUUGCUCUUCUUCAGACUCUAUAUGUGGCGCUUCUACAAAAUCGAGAAGCUCCUUGGCCGCAUGGACGAGCGUUGCAUCGACAGCACAGAGCGCAGCGAAGUGCAUCGCUGGGUGGCACGGUGCAACAUUGCAUAUCUCAUCUACCAGUUUAUCUACAUCUCCUACACCAUAUCGACAUUUCUAACGGCAACCUACUCGGGGGUGGUGCCAUGGAAUAUCUACAAUCCAUUCAUUGACUGGCGCGAGAGCACACGGAACCUUUGGAUCGAUUCAGUGCUGGAAUUAAUGUUCAUAAUUGGCAUAGUUAUCCAAACCUAUAUGAUAGAUGUGUUCCCCCUUCUGUACGGUCUGAUUUUACGGGCCCACAUUAAGCUCCUCAGGCAGAGAGUCGAGAAACUUUGCUUGGAUCCCAGUCAGAGUGAUGAUGAAAACAAUGAGGAGCUCGAGAAUUGCAUCGAGGACCACAAACUUAUUCUGGAGUAAAAAAAUGAGGGUAAACCUAUGGAAUUUGUAAGUGAUUUUUUUGUUUUUUCGCAUAGAUACG